AACGAAGCGGAGGAGAGCAAGGAUGAUGAAAGGCAAAAGGUACACUCAUUGAAUCGGAUGCCUGAUCUUGUGCCUGAAGUGUAUUUACCCAUGGAAUCCGGAGAAGCAUUCAUCGAGAAGCGAUAUCAUCGGACGCUUUUUAGUCGAAUUCAAGUGGCACUCGACAACUUGUUCAUUGCAGCAGGUUUUUUGGAGCCGCCUCUAGAGCCUGGGAUGGUUCGUGUGAGAUGGAGAUGCAGGUGCGGAGAAAGCUUCUUCGGUGACGUAAUCGAGUACCGUCACAAUGGUAUACAUGAACUCACAGACAGGAUGAGCCGUUCCACAGGUGCUAGUAUCACUGUAGCUUCGUAUAGCAAGACAUCUAAAAACCAAAAUUGGAACUUCAAAUUCCCUGCUUGGGCAAGGCGGGGUACUGGUACUUCUUCGGCUAAAGCAACGACCCCUAACUCUGGAGGGGGCUUACCGCAGUACAACGCUCCCCAUCGUUCUGCUCCUUUAACCUCCUCAGCGCCGGCUACAAAUACAUCAACAAAUUCAACCCCUAGGCUACAUCUUCUAGCCUGCGCGCACCGGACUGAACGGCGAAAGUGCCUUUUACAAGAUCCCAUCGAUUCUGUAUCCACAGAUCGAGCACUGUUCUGCUUCAUGAAGCAGCAAAUACGGUGCAAUAAUAGUCGUUUCCGAAGUAUCCUAGCAAUGAGAAGUAUACAAGGAAUGUUCUUUGUCAAGUUUCGCCUUCGUAUGGGCAACAACGUCGAGGUACGAGACCAUAAUCCUUGCUGCACCUCAAUGAAUCCAGCCAUUUGUGAGUGCAUACCUCCAGCACCAAAGGUCGAACCAUCUCAGGACGCUGAAUAUCGCUGUUCACCACCGGGACCUCUCGCAAUAUGGCCCCCAGUUUUGUCACAAGACUUAAUGCAUAUGCUUUCCUCGCCACAAUGCAUCCAUGAAGAUGAGACAUGGGUUCUUGACCAGCUACCGAAAAGAACGGCUGGGGAACUCCAAGCAUGCGUAGGAAAACCCGCAGAAGGCUGGGGCAUAUACUAUAAAGAAGGGAUUGACUUCGACAUGAUUAUUGGCGUAGUGUUCGCUGUUUUUCUAUUGGGCAGCCUUCUUUUCGGUAUUCUAUGGACUGUGCUAAAGAGGGAUAUUCAGGGUGCCUUUGGGGUUAGCGCCUAUGUGGUAACUGCGAUCAGCGUCUUUGUAACAUGGGUUGCGACUCGUGCGAAGAAUCUUGGG